AUGUUUUCAAAUUCAUCUCGAAGUCUUCUUGUUGAAUUCAGUGAAUAUUAUGCUCAAAUACAUGGAAGAAUCGUAUUUCCAUUAACAAUAUUCGGCAUAUUAACAAGUAUUGUAACAAUAACAAUAUUGAACCGAAAAAAUUUUCAAACUCCAACAAAUUUAAUUCUUCAACAUGUUGCAUUUUUCGAUACAAUUGUAUUAAUAUCAUUUAAUAUUUAUUCAUUUUAUUUUUAUAUUCUUCAUGAUCCCAAUCCAUUUGUUGGUCAAUCACAAUUUUGGCCACGUUUUGCAAUAUUUCAUUCCAAUAUUGGUUUAACAGCUCACUCAAUUGCUUUAUGGCUUACUUGUCUUCUUGCUAUUAUUCGCUAUACAAUCAUAUCAAGAACAAAACAAAUAACAGUUAAUGCUACACAUGUAAUGAUAUUUAUCUGGUGUGCUGCACUUGUAAUAUGUUUAUUAAUGAUACCAAAUUAUUUAGCAUGGAGUGUUGUUUGUGUACCAGCUCAUACGCUGUUACCAACCGUUUACACAAUAAAUUCAACAGAAACAGUUUAUUGGGUUAGUUCAGCAACAGGCGGAAGUUUAGAAAAAAUUUCGUUUGGAAUUCUAGCUAUAUGUUUAAAAAUUUCUCCAGUUAUAAUUCUUAUAAUAUUUAGUAUAUUAUUAAUUUUAAAUAUUCGUCAUGCACGUCAAUUGCGUGAACGUCUUCGUCAUAGUUCAUCAAUAAGUUCAUCAUCAAAUUUAAAAGUUGAAAUGAGAACAACAACAAUGCUUGUUUUAAUAACAUUAUGUACUGUUUUUGUUGAAUUACCUCAAGGUCUUUUAUUAAUUGCAAUCGGAAUAGAUAAACAAUUUUUUAUAUUUUAUUCACAUUUGGGAGACUUUUGGGAUCUAACAUCAAUUAGUUCAUCAUUCAUUACAUUUGUUAUGUAUUGUUCUAUGUCGCAACAAUUUCGUUCGGAAAUGAUUUCACUUAUUUUACCAUCAAUUUGUAUUAAGAAUUCGAAUUUGAAAUCAAAACAAAAUUCUGUAACAGAAAAAACAAAUCUUAAACAAAUAAACAUUAGAGAUUCUCAAUUACUUAUUAAAAAAACAACAGAUAUUACACAAGAUCUUUAA